ACCUCAACUUGGCUUUUGACCUUUUGGGAAAAGACCGUGUGAACUUGCCAGGGUAGAGGAAUCACAUCCAAAUAUGAAGAUCGCUAUCCUGCUUAUGUUCCUUUGGGGAUUAUCCUGGGCUCUCCCAGUUGCCAGAUAUCAAAAUACUGAAACCGAGAGCUCGGAAGAGUGGAUGGGUGAUUUGGCUCAGUCACCACCACCACCUACGAACAGUGAGUCAUCAGACGAGAGUAAAGUUAGCUCAGAGGAACAGGCAAAUGACGAGCCCAGUGACAGCACCGAGUCUGAAGAGGACAUGGACACUGACAGUGACCAGUCUGCUUCUAGACCUGCCGGUGGUCUCCCUAAGAGUGUGGGGACAGUAGUCGAUAAGGAAGAUGACGAAGAUGACAGUGGAGAUGACACCUUUGGUGAUGAGGACAAUGGCCCAGGGCCUGAAUGGAGAGGACGCUCCAGACUGGACAGUGAUGAGGACUCUGCAGACACCACAAAAUCCAGUGAAGACAGCACCUCUCAGGAAAAUAAUACCCAAGAUGCCCCCAGUGACAGCAGGGACCACAGCAGUGAGGAGGAGGCAGCCAGGCAGCGUGAGGCAGGUGACUCCACUCAGGAUAGCGUGAGUGAGGAACGUUGGGUAGGAGGUGGCAGUGAGGGCGAGAGUAGCCACGGGGACGGCUCUGAGUUCGAUGAUGCAGGGAUGCUGAGCGAUGACCCUGAAAGUACCAGGAGCGAUCGGGGCCACUCCAAAAUGAGCAGCGCCGGUAUCAGGUCCAAAGAAUCAAAAGGGGACCAUGAGCUCAGGAGCACUCAGGAUUCAAAUGACAGCCAGUCUGUGGAAUUGUCAAGCAGCAAGUCCUUUAGAAGGUCCCAGGUCUCCGCGGAAGAUGACGGAGGUGAGCUCGCUGAUGGCAAUAGCAGGGAAACCCAGAGUGACUCCACAGAGGACACCGCCUCCAAGGAGGAAAGCAGGAGCGAGUCUCAGGAGGACACAGCCGAGAGUCAGUCCCAGGAAGACAGUACAGAGGGACAAGACCCCAGCAGCGAGUCCAGCGAGGAGGCUGAUGGGCCAUCCCAGGAAAGCAGUAGCGAGUCUCAGGAAUGGGUGGCCAGGGAGUCCAGGGGCGACAACCCAGAUAACACAAGUCAGAUGGGAGACCAGGAAGACAGCGAGUCCAGCGAGGAGGACAGCCUGAACACGUUCUCCAGCUCAGAAAGCCAGUCCAUAGAGGAGCAAGCUGACAGUCAGUCCAGUGAGAGCCUCAGACUCUCAGAGGAGAGUCAGGAGUCAGCCCAGGAUGGGGACAGUUCCAGCCAGGAAGGCCUCCAGUCUCAGAGCGCUUCCAGGGAGAGCAGGAGCGAGGAGAGCCAGUCCGAGCAGGACAGCCGUUCUGAGGAAGAGGGGGACAGUGACUCUCGGGACAGUAGCAGAUCCAAAGAAGAGAGUAACUCUGCAGAGAAUGCUUCAAGCAGCGAGGAAUACAGCCAUCCCAAAAACAUGGAGGCUGACAGCAGGAAACUGAUGGUCGAUGCUUACCACAACAAACCCAUCGGGGACCAAGACGACAACGAUUGCCAAGAUGGCUACUAGCAUUAGCUUGUCUAAGAAAUGGCUCUCACAGGAAGGAGUCUUGGGGGCCUAGGAGUAGGGAGUUCACUGCAACUAUAACUUAUUGAUGUUUUUAUCAGAAGUAAAACCAGGGCCAUUUCUUUCCGUGAACUGUUUAACACUACACUGUCCUAGCGAGUCACCCACUCCCUAGAAGUUUGAGUAACGUGGCAUGAACACACACAGUAAACGUGAACAGAGGGGUGUGUGCGCCCAGUAGCCCCGACUCACUAGCCCGACCGUUUUGGGGGUUCUGUUAAGUACGAGGCACAGCACUAGGUCCCUGGGACGGAAAGGUGCUUCAGGAUGAGUUUUGCUCCCGAGGAGCCUAUGGAGAGAUAUGCAAAAUGAAAACAUUAAAGGGUACCGCUGAAGGGAGCCCCUGCCAUGGCUGAGGUUUGUGCAGAGUGCAUGGGGGCUCAGCAAGGGGGGACCAGCUUCGCUUAGGAGAACAAGAGGGUUUCACAGCCGCAAGGACUGGAGUUGUAGGGUUACCUAGGAUUUCUCCAUUGAAGACAGCAUAAUUCUAUUUAUUCUUGGAUAACCAUUAUUAAAUAAUAUCCAGUGAAAUGUUUAGUUUGUAAAAAGCACUCUCAAACCAAGGCCCAGUGGGAUAUCUUGGAUAAAUAUUUUUUCCCAAUUAAUUUACCCCAUUCAGUGAUUUUGUGGGCCUUCUGUAAACAGUGCCUUAUUGAUGAUGAAAUGGAAAAUUUGGUGGGGAGUUAGGAGGAAAAAAUAAUUUUAAAAUAAAAAUAGCUUUAUUUUUUCCAAACUACCCCGAGUCUUUUAUAUGUAUUGCACAUAGCAAAAUUCUGUACAUAGGGCUGCACUUUUUUCUUUGUAUUUUUUUUCUCAAAUGCUAUUAAAUGAAGUAUUACCUCAUGGAAAAAUAUUUGUUUUGUAAUAAAGAUAAUAA